AGUCAUUGCCGUCAAUCUUGUGGACUGGAACACUGGUUUGCUGCUCUGUUAUUCUCUUAAUACUGUGGGGCCAGAAUCAGUAACAACACAGGAAGGGUUCAGCAGUGCCUGGGAGCCCAGGGAGCCGUUGCCCGAAUCCCAGGAAGGUGACGCCAAGGCACGGCGCGACAUGAACGCCACCAAGGGAGGCCUGGUCAUCUUUACGGCCAACUCCAAUCCAGCCUGCAUGGAGCUGGGCAAGCGGAUUGCAGAACGUCUUGGAGUUGAGCUGGGCAAAGUGCAGGUGUAUCAGGAACCCAAUCGAGAAACGCGAGUUCAGAUCCAGGAGUCGGUGCGAGGCAAAGAUGUCUUCAUCAUCCAGACAGUCUCCAAAGACGUGAACACCAUCAUCAUGGAGCUCCUGAUCAUGGUGUAUGCCUGCAGGACUUCGUGUGCCCGCAGCAUCAUCGGUGUCAUACCCUACUUCCCUUACAGCAAGCAGUGCAAGAUGAGGAAGAGGGGCUCCAUCGUGUCCAAGCUCCUGGCCUCCAUGAUGUGUAAAGCAGGUCUGACCCAUCUGAUCACCAUGGAUCUGCACCAGAAGGAGAUUCAGGGCUUCUUCAACAUCCCUGUAGACAACCUGCGUGCCUCACCCUUCCUCCUGCAGUACAUUCAAGAGGAGAUCCCAGACUAUAGAAAUGCAGUAAUUGUGGCCAAAUCUCCAGCUUCGGCUAAAAGGGCGCAGUCUUUCGCAGAGAGGCUCAGGCUGGGCAUCGCGGUGAUCCAUGGAGAGGCGCAGGAUGCUGAGUCGGACCUCGUGGACGGCCGCCACUCCCCUCCCACGGUUAAAAACAUAGGGGCCAUACACCCUAGCCUGGAGAUCCCCCUGUUGAUUCCCAAAGAGAAGCCCCCAAUCACUGUGGUUGGAGAUGUUGGAGGACGGAUUGCCAUCAUUGUGGAUGACAUCAUUGACGAUGUGGACAGUUUCCUGGCGGCUGCGGAGACACUGAAGGAGAGGGGGGCUUACAAAAUCUACGUCAUGGCGACGCAUGGCAUCCUGUCAUCAGACGCACCGCGGCUCAUAGAGGAGUCUGCCAUUGAUGAGGUGGUGGUGACCAACACCAUCCCCCACGAGAUCCAGAAGCUGCAGUGUCCCAAGAUCAAGACGGUGGACAUCAGCAUGAUCCUGUCCGAGGCCAUUCGCCGCAUCCACAACGGAGAGUCCAUGUCCUACCUGUUCCGCAACAUCGGCGUGGAUGACUGACAGCUCUGUGCAGGAUGGGAGCCUUCCCUGUCACCUGGUGUCGUGCUUCACAGUGACCAAGUCUCACUUGGUGCACUUGUUUUUUGUCACCCUUGCGGUGACAGUUCAGUGCUCAGAAGUUAAAGCUGUAUGCCAUAGAUGUUAUGUCAUGGUUUUUUUUUAGGUAGGCCCGUUCGAAGGUUCUUUUUUAUUGAAGUUGUAUCCAUGUCUUCAAGCAAAUUUUGUUUUUAAUCAGUGCUUGGAAAUGAACAUCUUGUUUCGUAUAGAAAACCGCCGGGGUCUGCAGAUCUAUCUGUGAAUUUAGUGGGGAGGUAUGCAGUGCAGUAAAGGGGGAAAUGAAAGUCAGAAGCUCACUGCAUGAAACCCUAAAAGAAAGAGGUUAAAAGCCAACCAUUACUUUUUAAAUGACUUGAUAAACUUUUUUUACAAUGUUACACCAACCGUGGUGCUCUGAUUUUCAAGAUCUCUGUUAAUGCAGCUCUCUUCUGUCAUAUUCAGCAUGUUGUCUCCCCUGUCUUGGAACUCCUUGUCAUUUUUAUUUGCUAUGGGACCUUUCCUGCCUGUUCUGAUUCUGGCUUGGUAAAAUCACCUUGAGUUGGCACAACCUCCUGUUGCCCAAAAGCUUUACUGCAAUAUGUUAGUAUUUUUUACUGUCAAGCUUAAUAUAUCACCUUUUUGUACCUUUAUCUCUCACAAUUGGACAGAUGUCUCAGAAGAUACAGGGUAUAAUGAUCAUCAGAGUCAUUCAUUCUUAAUUGUUUUGUGUAUUCUUGAAACUCCCUUAUAGGAAAAAAAUAAUAAUUGACAUUGACUGCAACUGGGAUAUUUGAAUUUUGCUGACCUUUUUCUUUAUGUCCAAGUACGAUGCCUUCCCUUUCACUUUUCCCAUGAGGUACCAGUCUGCUGGUUUCCAGCUCUAGCUGGAUGCAGACCCUCUCGGCUUCCAAGCUAGACACCAUGGGCAUGACCCUUGUUGAUAUACUCAUUUUUAUAGUAGGCUCAGCCUCCAAGCCAAAAUGAUGUGAGAGUAGGACUUGAUGUCUGAGGCUGUUAUUUCCCACUUAAUUGUGAUCCUUUAUGUCUUUUACCCCAGCUCUCUCUACCAACACGGUCCACAUGCCUUCAAAACUACUCCUGGGGCAGAGCCACCAGCGCACCACACUGCUUGACGCAGUCAAAAAGAGUUUUGAAAUUAUGGAUUUAUACUUGAAUUGAAUUUUAUGUUAAUAUUUAAAAAUCUGCAGAAAAGAUAAUGAAGCGAAAUAUUUAUAUUUAUUCAUCCUUAGCAUCACUCCGUGACCUCGUAGAGAAUUCAGACGUAUUUCUCAAGAAUAAAGUCGGCUUAUAAAGUCAACAUGAAGGAAAGCUGAGUGACCGCUCAUCUUACACGAAGUAUUCAGAACUGCUGAUGGGGGAGUAAGGGUUCUUGAACUAAAUACUGGAUUUGGGGUACAUCAUGCUGUCAGUCAUUGACUUGCUGGACCAACUGAAAGAUUUUAGUCUUUGUAGCAAAUUCUGUGAUUUACUGUCAUCAUCGAGUCACUGAAUCCACAUGGUUACCACCCAUUUUGGGGUCCAUGACACCUCACUCUCGUAUUAUCUAGGGAUACUGGCUGGAGGGUGGGGGCCUUUAACAGUGCUGGAAAAAAGGUGUAUUUUUUUUAUUUAUUUAUUUUUUUUAAUUGGGCUCUCCAUGUACUCAUUCAUGUGGUUUAAUGGAUCAUUUUUGAGCGAACUCAAACUGAAGUAGAAUGCCUAUGAAAGUAUGAAAGAUCUCAUUUGAAGUUUUUGUAUUUAUUUUAAGCAACUGAUGAAAAAUAAAAAGGUUAAA